CAGCCAAGAAAAGAAUGCAGCUCAGUGUGAGGACAGUCAACGCCUCAUUGGAGAUACUUUGAAAGCAACAAAGGGAAAAAUUUCUUCUCGCGUUUUCUUUUCACGACAAAACUCCGGGAAAAUAACCGUAAUAUGGACGGAUGGAAAUAAGAGGAGCUUUGUUGACCGCUGAAGCCACAGUUCGUCGUGGAAAAGAACGCUACAUCCUCAACCUGCCACAAGGCUUAACGGACAGCAAAAAUGCAGUCUUGUGCAUUUAUGAACGGGCAACACCAGCAGGCUGGACCACUGCCACAACCCUCACAAGCAACGCAUAAUCUCACCCACAAUGUAAUGAGAAAUCAACUAAGCGAGACUGCAAAUAACGCAUGCUUGGGAGUACAGCCACCACAGAGUGCUUGUUUCGCCUCGCAGAAUAGAACUUACUCUGAAGGACAGAUGUCAUAUUGGCAGCCCUCUGCCGGACCUCAUCAGGCAGUUUCUUCUGAGCAGACAAGUAAAAAGAAAAUUGACUGUCCUUUAAUUACGAUGUUACUGACCAGCCCAUCAACUAACAGACUAAGUGAAAACCACAGUUGGUCAGCUUCACAUGAAUUACAGGCUGCCACUCAAUACAAUUUUCAUCAGCAUUCAGCAACCCAGAAUCAACCCAACAAGAUGACGGCCAACACUACAUACAACCACACAAACACAUCAUCUCACUGGAAGCAGAAAGCUUUAGUUCAUGAAGGAUAUUCAUCGAGGGUUCAGGAUGGUCAAGUGGUGUCUCAUCUCCAACAGAGCAACGUUCGGAACGGUUACUACCAAAAUGCAAGUGGAGACUUGACAAAUCCUGGUUUAGCGUAUUCUAGAACACCUACCUCACUUGCAUAUGAACACAUAUCAGUGUCUGCUACUGCACACAACAGACAGACUGCUCAGGCUGCUCAUAACCAGGUCCACAGACAAAACAACCCUCAGCUUGGAUUCUCUCCUUCGACACCCCAAGCAGGUCAUAUUAUGUCUCCUUGUCAGCCUCAUGGGAACAACAGCAUUCCUACACAUUCCUCAUCAAGGACACAAAUGUAUGCGGCUCAAGGCAGCUCAACUUGCAACAAUAGGGGAAAUUCCACCAUCUCCAGUAACGCAAAUCCAUUUAACCAGCAUGAAACCAGAUUUUAUUUGUCAAAAACAAAUGAGCCUCGCUUAACUCCUGCUGAACAUCAGCAAAUGUUAAGGCACAAUGUGAGUGCAGACGGUUCACAUCUGUCAUACACAACUGGCCACAAUCACCUUCCACCAUACAGAAGGACACGCAAUGCCAAAAUGACAAAGACGCAACCUGUGCCUUUACCUGUCUCUGAAAGUUGUGACAUGAAUAACACCCAGUCCUCGUCACUACACUCUGGACAAUCUUUGGCUGAAAGCUCUCAGAGUUUAAUGUCAAGAUCAGGUCAACUUGUAAAUGAGCCACCUCUGCAAAACUCUGGGCCAAAUGUCUUCUCUUUCACUGCAGCAAGAGAUGGAAGUCUUCGCAGCAAAGCAUAUCUUGCAUUUCUUCAAUACUAUAACAUAGCCUCCCAAGGGAAUCCAAUUGGGUCACUGAGUGGUGCAUCUCAACUGAUGCAACCACCCAAAGACAUUUCACUACAAGGAAACAAUACCCAAUCCUCUGUAGUAAACAAUCCGGAGCUACUUGAUAGGUCGUUGAGAGGUGCAUCUCAACUGACGCACCCGCCCAAACACAUUUCACCACAAAGAAACAAGACCCAGUCCCCUGUAGUAAACAAUCCGGAGCUACUUGAAAUGAUGCCACCGGUCAAACAAAGUGACAACACCAUUCACUCUUCGCCUGAUCCCUGCAACACAAGAGCCAUUGCUGUUGUUCAACCGUCGUCCAUGGAGUACUGUCAGAGUGCCAGUACCCUCUCUAACACCGCAACAAAUGAAUCCUCAUGGGACCCUGACGAAGUGUUUGUUUCACCAGAUGUGGCAAAAAACAGAAACUGUGAGAAUUUGACAAACGGAUCUAAUCUUUGCCCAGACAACCUAAAUCAUUUGCAAUCCAACAAAUCUGUCACCAGUUGUACACCAGCAUCUAAUGAUGGUGCUCUUUUGUCAAAGUCAGAUUCAGGGCCUCAGAACUUGACACAAGGAUAUGCACUGGAUAUUAGCAUUGCAAAAACUGCUGGAAAUUCUGUACUUCAGAAAGUACCAGUAAGCCAAAACUGCUCUGAAGACCAAGGGGAGACUGUAAAACCUCCACCUGUUUUAGAGCUUUCUUCACUCCCAACAACCCAAUGGACAGCUCCUGCACUAAGUGCACUAAUACAGAAGAUUGAAAAAGCUCAGACUACGACAGAGGAUUUUACAGAGGAUAAUUUUGUAUGCAGAAUAUUACAUUUGUUUUGGGGUGGCAGUUGCAAAGCAGCGAUAGCAGAGCUCAAGAUGGGGUGGCACAAGGUUUUAAACAGAGAUGUUCAACAGUUCUUAUAUACACAGAUGAGCUCAGAAACUGUUAUACUGUCGCAACUAAAACGUAAAUUUGCACAACUCCUCUUAAAUUACCAUUUACUCAAGCAUGAUGAAGUCUAUUCAGAACUGCCUUACAAAUCCUCGUGGUUGAAUCUCAAUGAGCAGCUCGAUGACAUAGACAAGGAGUUUGGCUUCCCAGUGACUUUGGUGAAUCCUCCUCAGUUUGAGAGUGACAACCAGAUGGAUCAGGCGGAACCAGUCAACAGUAUUCCUGAGCCAGUUGCGAGUGAAGUGCCGGACAAAGUAUCAUUUCCAACAGGGUCAGUCAAUAGUAUUCCUGAGCCAGUUGCGAGUGAAGUACCGGACAAAGUAUCAUUUCCAACGGAGUCAGUCAAUAGUAUUCCUGAGCCAGUUGCGAGUGAAGUGCCGGACAAAGUAUCAUUUCCAACGGAGUCAGUCAACAGUAUUCCUGAGCCAGUUGUGAGUGAGGUGCCAUUACCAACAGAGCCAGUCAACUGUACUCUUGAACCAGUUGCGAGUGAGGUGCCGGACGAAGUCCCAUUACCAACAGAGCCAGUGAACAGUACUCUUGAACCAGUUGUGAGUGACGUGCCACACAAAGUGCCUUUACCAACAGAGCCAGUCAACAGUAUUCCUGAGCCAGUUGUGAGUGAGCUGCCAGAUAAAGUAUUGCUACCAACAGAGCUCGAACUUGUUAACUCAGGCAAAAAGAAACCUGCCUCCACUGUUAAAGCCCUCUCAACUCAAACUCCCUCCUCUGAUGAAGCAGAAAGUUGUGACCCGUGGUACUCAUUUAACAUCAAAGUUAUGCCUCCGGAAGAGGCCAAGCAUUUAUUUGAACAAGUACCAACUGAGAUAUCACAAAGCAAGGACACAAAUUGUCAAGCAGAGAAGGUCAUUAGUAGUUGUGUGAAGACUGAGAAAUCUAAAGAUACAGAUUCCACAUUGUCAAUACUGGAGGAAGACACUUGUGAUCCAGUGGAACAGGUUUGCUGUAUUGCAAGGCUGGUAGAAAUGGUUACAGGGGAAAGCACACUUUCUUCAAAAUGCCAGUGCAGAAAACAAAACAAUGAUGAAAAAUGUACCAAGGACAAAGAGGAUGUGCCUACAGACAAUAGCCUUUUUAAGAAUAGUUCUUACAGAAUAUUUGACUUGACCAUGGAAGAAGAAAAUCCAGAGAAGGACACGGAGAACACUAAUGACCAAAUCACAAUUUGUAGCUCUGAGCUUUGCGAGGAUGUCAUUGAAAUUAUUGACUUAACUGAUGAUAAAGGCAAACACGACUUGACUCGUGAUCCGGAAAAUAUUUUUGAAAUAAGCAAUAGCAGCCAGUCAAGCUUUCUAUCCAUAACUGACAACGAAUAUGAAGAUGUCCUCAACAGUGAAAAUGAAAUUCCCAUCCAGAUGCCAAAACUUAUCAUUGAGCUGUCAGAACCCAAGGACGAUGAAGAUCUCCCCAACAGUGAAAAUGAAAUUCCCAUCCAGAUGCCAAAACUUACAAUUGAGCUGUCAGAACCCAAGGAAUACGAAGAUCUCCCCAACGGUGAAAAUGAAACUCCCAUCCAGGUGCCAAAACCUACCAUUGAGCUGUCAGAACCCAAGGAAGAUGAUCUCCCCAACAUUGAAAAUGAAAUUCCCAUCCAGAUGCCAAAACUUACCAUUGAGCCGUCAGAACCCGAGGACAAAUGUCAACAAGAACAGCUGAAAUCCACAGAAUCUAUGCAGUCGAGCGUGUCAAUGUGUGAUGACAGACAAACCAAAAGUACUGAGAGUGGCGAUGGUAAACAGAUAUCAGACCAUGAAGAGGGUGUUGCACAACCUCAGCUAAAGUCUGUAGAUGUGGGAAAGUCAUUCCUGGAAAGCAAAGGACAAGCUCAAACCAGUGCAACAGCUGACCUGCAGAUGUCUACAAGCCGCUACCCUAAACAUGAAACUACUGACAGAAAGCGGAAGAGACUAAGCAGUCAUGAUACAUUUUCUCCUUUCCAAAAGAAAUCAAAGAAAUGGAAACAGUCUAUGGACCUGGACUCAGAGCAUGCCUUCAGUGGCAUUUCAGAAUAUCAGAAGAAUUUGGUCGAUGCAGCAGAAGCUCAGCCUUUAACCUCAAAUGCUAGAACUGCAGAACUGGUACUGUUUGGUUCAACACGGCAGGAGAAAUAUACGAUGAUUGGUACCAGAAAGAACCAUGGUUUAUUUUCAAAGGAAGGGUCUUGUGAGGUACAGAGGCCACCAGAACUUCUGUCUGUGAAUCUCAGCCCACUGAACAGGAAGUCCAGUGUUGCUUUGCAUUCAAGGGAACAGUCAUUGAAACAGUGGAUUUAUGACAAAUGGAGGAGAAGUUUACCGCCAACUAAAAUUCGGCACAGAAACAAACUGAAAAGACAGAAAUGUUCAUCCGCCUCAGUUCCUAGCAUAAUUCUCAGGAGAAAGAACUCUGAAAUGAGAGUUUGGAAGGCCAAGAAACCAAAACGGCACGAUAGUCAUGGAGGAAGUAACACUAAAAAUGAAAGCAACAAGAUCAAGGCUCUCCACGAAAACAGCAUUUUGAAGUUCUGUGUAUUACCCAACACCUUCGACUUCAAACAUGGAUCCGACAAGAGAAAAGAAUCCACGGAUCCUGCUUCAGACAAGCCAGAUCAUGCAAAAGAAGAGAACCAGCACUCCAAUAGAAUCAUCUUAAAGAUCAAAGGUACAUGGUAUCCAAAUCCUGAGAAAAAAUACAAACCGCUACGUCCGUCUGCUGUUCCAAAGACCUCCAGCCUCUUUCACGAGUUUAAAAAAAAAUACAUACAGAAGAUAUCAAUGGAUGAAUAGCAUGACUCUUUGCUUUCUUUUCUCAGGAAAGUUCUUCAUCUGACACAUUAAUUUCCAUGAUUGUUGCUUUACAUAAAAUGUCUAAUAGUAUCUGCAGUAGUUUGUCUGUGAAGAUUGUACAGAAACUUUUUCAUUGGAAAAUGUAUGUAUCUCAGCAAUGUAUUUAUAUUUUUAUACUUUACGUUAUAAAACAUUUUAUACAUUAUCAGUAUUUUUUUUACAAUGUUUUCAUUUCAACAAAAUUAUUUUUUGAAUUUUCUGCACUUUGUCACUGUUAAUACACAGCCUUUUAAUGGAGAUAUGAAAGACUGCUUUUGAGUUACUAGAAUCCACCAUUUUGUGACAGAUUUUUUUUUUUUUUUGGCAAAAGAAAAUUGCCAUGCAGUAUUGUUUCGACAAUGAAAAUGUAAAGGUUCCUACCUUCACCUCAUUCAGUGAGCUGCAUUUAUGUCUCGCUCAGGGAAUAAAAGAGUUAAAGGGACUCAGCUAUAGACAAUAUUGAGCUUUUUUCCCCAUUUAAGCCUUUUAACACUGAGAAUACCUUGAUGCAUUUGAAGAUUAUCGCAAAAUCUAGGAGGGCCGUGAAGAAUGUGUUAUUGUUUACUUUGCAAAUGUCUAUAUUACUGAUGUGUAAAUAAAAUUCACCAGUUUUUAGUUUGUGUACAGUUGUGAGGUGUUGUUAAUACUAAAGCACAGAUGCAGAAACAAGUAUGUGAUACUAUUUGUUUACAUUGCUGCUAAAAGUUCAGAAUGCUCUAUUAUCUUUUCAGCUUUGUUUAUCCCUGUUUUAAAGUGUAACGUUAGCACUGAGGAGUCGCACAUUCCUUCUUAGAACACAACGUUCGAGGUUAUGACGAAGACAUUGAAACAUUGUUUAUCUGUUAAAUGUAACAUUGUAGUGACCAAAAACACUGGGAAUGUAAAAUGAUGACUUGGUCUUUGUUGCUGUAAUUUGCCUUUUCAGUUUGUCAGAUACCAAAACUGACACAUUUUACAUACAUUAUUACAUGAUCUCGCAUCUGUUUUGCACUGACACACAAGUUGAAUCUUAAUCUGGUUUAAACUGUGGUGCUAAUCCUGAGAUGAGAUAUGGCAGCUGUACAGUUUUGAAUUUGGACUCGGAAGUUUUUUGUUUUAAGUUACUGUGACAUGUUACAGACAGCACAAGAAUAAAGACCAUAAUGCUACUGUAGUGUUAUUUUUUUAGGUACGAUGUGUUAAAAGCAAAAGAUUAUAUAAUCAUGUAAAAAAAAUAGACUUAAAAUAUGUCUGAAAUACAUAGUGAUGAAUAUUUUAGUAAUCAUGUUUGUUUUGAUUGUAUUGUUCGUGUCCGUGAAGGAAGGAAAAAGGGCUCUUGAAGUUGUAUGUGUGUCCUCCAGACACACACUUCUGGAAGAUUAUAAAGUACAACGUGUAUUUUUUUGUGUGUGCAAGUCAUGUGCUUUUAGAAAAGUGAAAUAUAGAGUACUUAAAACCAUGGUGUAAACCUAAGGCAAUAUACCUUGUAAAAAAAAAAAGGUGUAUCAGAAACAUAUCAACACAAUGGUGUAAAAGAUGAAUACUGUCAUUAAAAAAGACAUUAGGGGUGAGUACAGGGCAAGUCUGAACAUAUCUGGGGAUGAUCUCGGUAAAGUAUAACCUAGUGAUGAAAUGUGAUAACCUGAAGACAAGAUCUGAUCAACAGAUUUAGAAAAGUCCAACGGUGUUAAAGCUAGCUGUUCAAUAAUACGUUCUAGAGACGUGGAAAAAAUAACCAACUCUGACAUCAUAAAAGAUGAUGUACAGCUCAGUUAUUUCAGUAUUUCUUGUAGUGCCAGCCACUGCUAAGAACUGCUUUAGGUUUUUUUUUGUUGACAAUAAACUCUACUGUCUCUGAA